ACAAAUACUGUUCUAAGCAGUACCGCUAUCCUCGCCCAGUGGUGGAGGGAACGAAGCUCCCUACUUCAUCGGAUUACGGAGACGAAACCCACCACUAGCGCGACAGAAACGACGAAACCAAGAUGGCGGCUGCCUGCCGACAAGAGGGAGACAGCCGCUGCAGCGGACUACGUUUCCGAGAAUCAAUUGUGGCCAGACUUACUGCUGCAUGGAAGAAGACUACAACUCCCAGCAGACACCGCGCGGCCCGGCUAGUGGGACUGGGAGGGAAGGCGAAGGGCGGAGCUGAUAAAUAGUGGCACAGAGCACCCGCCUUACGUAAGAUGGUGGUGUCGGCCGCGCUUUAGGUGGGGUGCGCGGUAGGCAGACGCAUAUUCGUUCCUCCUCUCUUCGCUACUUCUAUGUUGUGGCUCUUGUCGCGGGUAGGGGCUGUGGAGCUACGGUGAGGGGAAAGCCCGAGCUUGCGUACCUCGGUGCCGGCCGGUCGCUGGCAGGGGCGGCUCGGCGCUGGUGGCACUGCGGGAGCGAAGUAGUGCUGUUCAGCUAGAGCCCACUGCUUCCGUCCCUUCAGCAGGAGGUUGAGGCUGCUGUAGGCGGGGGUCGCUCAGCUCUUCCCUACUCGGCUAUGUCGGACAAUCAGAGUUGGAAUUCCUCCGGCUCCGAGGAGGACCCCGAGACCGAGCUCGGGCUGCCUGUUGAGCUCUGUGGGGUGCUCAGCAAGUGGACCAACUACAUUCAUGGGUGGCAGGAUCGAUGGGUAGUUCUGAAAAGCAACACACUCAGUUAUUACAAGUCUGAAGAUGAAACGGAAUAUGGCUGCAGAGGCUCUAUCUGUCUGAGCAAGGCUGUGAUUACACCCCAUGACUUUGACGAAUGCAGAUUUGAUAUUAGUGUAAAUGAUAGUGUUUGGUACGUCCGAGCUCAGGACCCAGACCACAGACAACAGUGGGUAGAUGCAAUAGAACAACACAAGACUGAAUCUGGCUAUGGAUCAGAGUCAAGUUUACGACGCCAUGGCUCCAUGGUGUCUCUUGUUUCUGGAGCAAGUGGAUACUCUGCAACAUCCACCUCUUCAUUCAAGAAGGGCCAUAGCUUACGUGAGAAGCUUGCAGAAAUGGAAACCUUUAGAGACAUCUUGUGUAGACAAGUUGAUACUUUACAGAAAUACUUUGAUGCCUGUGCAGAUGCAGUUUCCAAAGAUGAACUCCAGAGGGAUAAAGUGGUAGAAGAUGAUGAAGAUGAUUUCCCUACAAUGCGUCCUGAUGGGGAUUUUUUACAUAACAGUAACAGCAGUAAGGAAAAAUUGUUUCCACAUGUGACACCCAAAGGAAUUAAUGGCAUAGACUUUAAAGGAGAAGCUAUAACUUUCAAGGCAACUACUGCUGGAAUCCUUGCUACACUCUCUCAUUGUAUUGAACUCAUGGUAAAACGUGAAGAAAGCUGGCAAAAAAGACUAGAUAAGGAGAUAGAGAAAAGGAGAAAAAUUGAAGAAGCAUACAAAAACGCUGUGACAGAACUGAAGAAAAAGUCCCACUUUGGAGGGCCAGACUAUGAGGAGGGUCCUAAUAGUCUGAUUAAUGAAGAAGAAUUCUUUGAUGCUGUUGAAGCUGCUCUCGAUAGACAGGAUAAAAUGGAAGAACAGUCCCAAAGUGAAAAGGUCAGAUUACACUGGCCAACAUCCUUACCUUCUGGAGAUGAAUAUUCUGCUGUGGGGACUCAUAGAUUUGUCCAAAAGCCUUAUAGUCGCUCUUCCUCCAUGUCUUCCAUUGAUCUAGUCAGUGCCUCUGAUGUUCACAGAUUCAGCACCCAGGUGGAAGAGAUGGUACAAAACCACAUGACAUAUUCCUUGCAAGAUGUAGGAGGAGAUGCCAAUUGGCAGCUAGUGGUAGAAGAAGGAGAAAUGAAGGUGUACAGAAGAGAGGUGGAAGAGAAUGGAAUAGUUUUAGAUCCUUUGAAAGCAACGCAUGCUGUUAAAGGAGUAACAGGGCAUGAAGUUUGCCACUACUUCUGGAAUGUCGAUGUUCGUAAUGACUGGGAAACAACAAUCGAAAAUUUCCAUGUUGUAGAAAAUUUAGCUGAUAAUGCAAUCAUCAUUUACCAGAUGCAUAAGAGGGUGUGGCCAGCUUCUCAAAGGGAUGUGCUGUAUUUGUCUGCCAUCAGAAGGAUACCAGCAUUCAGUGAAAACGAUCCUGAAACAUGGAUUGUGUGCAAUUUCUCUGUGGAACAUGACAGUGCUCCUCUGAAUAAUCGCUGUGUCCGUGCCAAAAUAAAUAUUGCUAUGAUUUGUCAGACGUUAGUAAGCCCACCAGAAGGGAACAAGGAAAUAAGCAGGGACAAUAUCCUAUGCAAGAUUACAUAUGUAGCUAAUGCUUUUAGCAGAUUUGCUGUAUUUCAAUGUCUGGCUCCCUGUCUACUUUUAGUGAACCCAGGAGGAUGGGCACCAGCAUCAGUGUUACGGGCAGUGGCAAAACGAGAAUAUCCAAAAUUCUUAAAGCGUUUUACAUCAUACGUGCAAGAGAAAACGGCAGGAAAGCCUAUUUUAUUCUAGUAUUAGCAGUGAUCAGAACAAGACUGGGUGAGCAUUCCACAUUGAAGUGAUCAUGCAUAGAGCACUCCAUGCUGGAACGAAGGAUCUACAGUCUUUUUAUGGCCAAAGUUCUAGGCUUUGUAUACUGAAGUAAAGAAGCGUUGCAACACCAUGAGGCUGAAUAUUUAACACUAGCUCUCUCCUAAAGUUUCUUGCGGAAUCAGUGUGUAAUUAUAAAUAGAUGUAUUGAUAACAUGUAUAUGGCUAUUUUAUUUGCUUGUUUUAGAAGAGGCAGAACGUGUACAACUUUGAAUCACCAACACGGGUUACUGCUUUAAUUUUAAACAACUUGCAGAAUUUCACUGUCAACAUAUACAUAUAAGAUAUACAUACAUAUAAGAUACUUGUGCACAGCUUUUGUGCAUGUCUAAAAAGCACAAAAGACAAAUGCACAUAUAGCAUACCGUAUGUGCUUUAUAUGCACAAAAAUCUAUGUGGUAUUUUGGGGGGGAGGGAGGGAGUUUGGUAAAGCCUAGGUGACUUAUUGGCAGGUUUUGUUUUGCUUUGUAUAAUCAUAGUUCAUUGCUGUUUGUUUCUAUAAUGAAUUAUCUUGUUACAUAAAAUGUCAGUUAAUAAUUGAGGGCUGUCAGUAUCCUUAUGACUUUGCCUUUUCUAUUGUCUUACUCUUAUGAAGAUCUUUGGCUCUGAAGGAGUAAGACUGUGAAAAGCUUUAUUUUUUUCCAGAUAUCUUUAUAUUUCUAUUGUAUUUUUUAGUUAUGUAAUAUGUGCUACAGAAUUUUUGUUGUUAAACAUGAUCCAGAAAUUUCUAGGAAGAUUCUGUAUUAGAGGGCAAGAGGGUGCCUGAAAGCUAGAAGUCAUCUGUCCAUGGUAUAUGUGGACUGCUUUCUUGCAUGAUAUCUGGGACUUUCCCAAAGCUGUGAGAAGGUACACUAUAAUAUUUAUUGAAGUAAUUUGGACUAUAUAGGACAACAUUCCCAGCCUAGAAUGAGGAUGAGUACAUUAUUUUCAGAUCCUGCAUGUGUUUUCCUCAUCUUAAUAAAGCCAUGCUAUGAGGUUCAUGUAGAAAAUGAGUUGCGCUGAUACUUGCCUCUUGAUCAAAAACUCAUCAGAGCUAUAAGGAUGUGUAGUUCUUAUUGGAAAGUUCCCUCUACUUGCUGUGAGAAUUUAAAUGUCAGUUAUUUGCCUGCCUUUGAUUCUGGAGAUGCUCAUUAAGAGAGGACUCUGGCAGACUGGUACUGACUUUGAGGUCUUUUAUCCAUGUCCUGUAGUUGGAAACUCUUCGGAGACUGCUGGGUGUUUCACUGACCCGUGUAACUCAAGAAAAAAGUUUCAGAUUUUUUUUUUUUAAAGAAAACUGAAAGUCUUAUUUCAUAUAGUAUGGUAGGUACCUGAAAAUAAAUAAAAGAUAGUAACUUAAUGAAGAUUUGGUGAAUGAUUAAAUGUGAUCUGCACAGUGUUGAAAAAACUACUUUAUCUGUUCAUCUUCUCUAUAGUGAUGAAAUCAUGCAUAACACAUGUAAUCAUGCUCCAUAACUCUUCCAUUUUAUUUGCCUUUUUCUGACGGUGUGCAUGGAAUAUGCCUUAUUAGAGAGUUAUUCCAUUAAUUUGAAUAUGUAGAAAAGUGCCUAUAUGUUAAUGCUAGUAAGGCAAAUAAGAUGAAAAUUUGUACGUUUACUAUAUCACUGGUGAAUACUUUAUAUAGUGAUGUUAAAUAAAAAAAAAAUCUUA